UACCAUGAUGAUACUCCUUUAACAGAACAGAGCACCGCAGAGCAGAGUUACACUGCGAGAGAGAGAGAGGGGGGGGGGGGACUCUCUGUCUCUACAUUUUUGCUUAUUAACGAGCAUAUAUAAUUCUAGGGUUUUGAAACAAAUAUGCUCUGCACGGGGAGAGUUCUGGCGCUUUCGCCUCCUCUCACCCCUUUCGUCAUUCCUCACAAUUCACCAUUUUCUAACUCCAGAUUUCAUUCUGUAGAGCUUAAAUCCGACCUCAAACGGAGAUUAAUGGCAACUGACCCUCAGUCCUCUUCUUCUGCUACGUCCAUCGAUGCCAAUUCCGCGGACAAAAAUGCAGCUGGCUUUUGUAUCAUAGAAGGACCCGAGACGGUGCAAGACUUCGCUAAAUUGCAACUGGAAGAACUUCAGGACAAUAUUCGAAAUCGAAGAAACAAAAUUUUCCUGCACAUGGAGGAGGUUCGUAGGCUAAGGAUACAGCAGAGGAUUAAAAGUGCUGAACUAGGAAUUCUAAAGGAGGAACAAGAAAAUGAGCUUCCUAAUUUUCCCUCAUUCAUCCCAUUUUUGCCUCCAUUGGGCUCAGCAAACUUAAAACAGUAUUAUGCUACUUGUUUCUCUCUCAUUGGUGGGAUAAUGAUUUUUGGUGGCUUUCUUGCACCUACUCUAGAGCUUAAAUUGGGACUAGGUGGUACAUCAUAUGAAGAUUUCAUUCGUAGUUUGCAUCUGCCCAUACAGUUGAGUGAAGUUGAUCCUAUAGUGGCAUCAUUCUCAGGAGGAGCAGUUGGAGUCAUCUCGGCUCUGAUGGUGGUUGAAAUAAACAAUGUCAAACAACAGGAGCAUAAAAGAUGCAAAUAUUGCCUUGGAACUGGCUAUCUUGCUUGUGCUCGCUGCUCAAGUACAGGGUCUCUUGUUCUUAUUCAGCCAGUUGCAACAGUAAAUGGGGGAGAUCAGCCUCUACUCCCACCUAGAACUGAACGCUGUUCAAACUGUUCAGGUGCAAGAAAGGUCAUGUGUCCUACAUGCUUCUGUACAGGGAUGGCAAUGGCAAGUGAGCAUGAUCCUCGGAUCGAUCCAUUUGACUAGAGAUAUAUUUUUUAUUCCCAUUUAGCCUAUAAUCCUAAAGAAGUGGGUUGGUAAGUGGUUGUUGCAUAUUUCUUCAAACUACGACUGGAGCAUUCCUGUACAUAUAACCUUAACCAGACAAAAGACACCUAAAAGCUAAUUCUUUGUGUGCAUAUUGCAGCUUUUUUCUGUAUGGGUUACCACUACAGCAUCUACAUUCUAAUUAUCUUAGAGUUCCUCAUCUUGUUAUAUUUCCUGAUAUUGUUGCAACAAUCUUGUGGAUGAUACUUGGAUAGCCAAAUUUGGUUUUUGGUUGGAAAACGAA